AUGUCGACCACACCGGCAGCAAUAACCCCGCCAUCCGCGGCUCCCUCUUUCAACGAUACUUCCUACAAGACACAUCCUUCAACUACAAUUAAUCAAUUAUCCAAUUUGCACAUCGGAGAGAGCUCGACUAGCUCAUCUCAUACCUCAUCACCAGAAUCGCGACCCUUGGAUCUGCGAAGUCCAAUACCGGAAGAAGAAGAAGAUGAAACCAGCAGUGAGGCCGCCAACGAACCAGUGACUCCCACAGAUAAUCAUCUUCCUUACACUUUUCAAGACAGAAUGAACGGCGCUCUACAGCCAGACCACGAUAGAAUCCACACCACCGAUACUCCCACUUCCAAACCACCUGCUGCCGUCAUUCCUACGAGCGCCGCACCGUCAAUUACCAAACAAGUAACAGCCAAAGCUGCCGAGCAACCGAAAACUCCUACACCAAAGAGGCCAGGCUCGUCAUCUAAGGACUCGCACAUAAAGAGAGGGCUUUCAGGGUUUUUCCGCAGGUCGAAUUCGAAUGGUGCGAAUGACCACCAUGUCGUUCCUGUUCCAAUGGUAAAUGCGGCGAAUGGUUCGGAUCCUGUGUUAGAAAUGGCGCAACGUAAAAAGUCGAUACGCAGAAUGUCUGCGAACAAUUCUCCAUACACCACUCAAUCGAAUACACCACCCUCACCAGGAUCGCCAGUUUUCGACGGUGCCGACGACCGACCCCACGUACAGCUCUCAGUACAAGAACCCAAUAAAGACGAACUCAGAAGGAGGAACAAAAAUCGGUCGUCAACAGGGUUUGGACUACGGGAAAAAUUACAUUUAUCUAAACAAAAACCGAUAUCCCACACCCAACAGAAAGCGCCGAUCCAAACCCCAAGCAGGAACCGUGCUACCAGUUUCGACCUUGAAAGUAAUCUGCCAGACCACUCUAAUGGCAAUCCCGAUGGUAAACUGCCCGAAAGAUCUGUCUGGGGAAUGCCCGCAGAAACUGGCAUCGGACUUAAGUCGCGACGACUGAGCCUAAGUCUCCCAGACGAUUUUACCGUUGAUGUUGCGGAGUUAUACACCGAAUUUCAAGACCAGAGCAAGAUGGUUGGAAAACGAGGGAAAAGUAUUGGCAAAGGCGCUACUUCGAAAGUAAAACUCAUGACCCGUAAAGGAUACUCUGGUGAGGUUUUUGCUGUCAAGGAAUUUCGCGGCAAAUCGACGGCGGAGACAUCAGACUCCUAUGAGUUGAAGGUUAAAUCGGAAUUUUCGAUCGCCAAAAGCGUCCAUCACCCGAAUAUUGUGGAAACUUUCCGAUUAUGCACAUAUGACGGCAAGUGGAAUCACGUUAUGGAGUAUUGCGACCAAGGAGAUCUCUUCCACAUCGUCAGCCAGAAAUACCUGUCACGUCCGGAUCGGUUGAGUGAUAGAUUGUGCUUGUUUAAGCAGAUGGUUCAAGGCAUCAAUUAUCUGCAUACCCACGGGAUUGCUCAUCGCGAUAUUAAAUUGGAAAACCUCUUGAUGACCAAAGACAGCAAGUUGAAGAUCACAGAUUUUGGUGUGUCAGAAGUGUUCGCUGGCAUACAUCCGGGUUUGCGAUCCGCUGGUGGGUUAUGUGGAAAGGACAUGGGGGAAAUUAGAUUGUGUCCCCCAGGAAUGUGUGGAAGCCCCCCAUAUGUCGCACCCGAGGUCCUGGAAAAGAGUGGCGAGUACGACCCACGUCCUUUGGAUGUCUGGGGAGCUGCUGUUGUAAUACUCUGUAUAUGCGCCAACGGAUGUCUGUGGAAUGAGGCAAAAGUAGGCGUCUUUCCAGAACAACCAAUAUACGAGGACGUUGUAAGAGGAUGGACAAAAUGGAACGUCAAACAUGCAGACGAUCCGAAUGCCACAAUCUCGGAGACCGAUUACCCUCAUGUCAGUUUCUUUGACCAACAUCUCAACCCUCCAGCAUUACGACGAAUUAUCCUUACCAUGCUUAAUCCCGACCCCUCGAAACGAGCUAGCAUUGCGACCAUCGCAAAGAACAGAUGGCUUAAGAACAUUGAGUGCUGCCAAAUUGAUAGCUACGAUGAUCCUAGCGUCCCAAUCGAUGCAACAAAUGUUCGCUCGUGCGCUAAAAGCAUUACCAAAGUGGUCUCCCACAACCACCUCCCUCCUCACAUCAGUCGUGGCCACAAAUUCGUACGUCUUCCUGGUAGCAAUGAGAUGUACUAG